UCCGUGUAUUCUCCGUACUGAUACCCUCGUUCGAACUCGAUCGAUCGAUCGAUCAGUCGUGGCGAGAUCGACAAAAGGAUCCAAAAAUUGGCGCGUGAAAGAAACAGCAAUUUUUCAAAGAAAAAAAAUUAAUAAAAGCAAACGUUUAUAUAUUCAGUGGGGUUGCUCGUUGACUCGUGGGGUAUUCCCAAUUUGCGGGAAUACUGACGACGAAUGAGACUGUGAAGACGUCUAUAUUAUGGCGAAUCAUCAUCCCGCGUACGAUUUCGAGGAUAAGAGCCAGAGAAUCCGCCAUCGGGUCGGCACCACGUCAAGAAUCGCGGAUUCCACUGUAGCAUGCACCAGUACCCAAUAUUUCGUGGGACCCAAUAAUGAUAUCACUGAAGAAGAUUUGGCAGAAUUACCUUCAUGUGUUUAUGCAGGAAGAUCUACGCAACACGUCACGCACACAUCGCCACACACACAUUCUCCCUUGCAUUACCAUAUGCCAGUUUCAACGCCAGAUCAUAAUGACACAGAGAUGAAUGGUGUAGAAGAAGGUUAUUAUCCAAAUGGUAGCCCCUACAGAAUUCAACGACAUGCCGCUAAUAUUCGUGAAAGAAAACGUAUGCUCAGUGUGAUUGCAAUUUUUAGCAGCAUCAACUCGGCUUUCGACGAGCUCCGGGUCCAUGUGCCGACGUUUCCCUAUGAAAAGAGAUUAUCAAAAAUCGAUACUUUGCGCUUGGCUAUUGCGUACAUUGCGCUGUUGCGCGAGGUCUUAGCGGCCAGGCUCGAUCCUUUGACAUACGUCGAGAGGUGCCUUAGGGGUGAGAUAAACGGCGAACGCGCCGAAUGGAAUACAAGUGAUCUGACAGCACGCUUGUCUUGGAUAAAUUGGGAGAAUCUGGGAGUAAAUCCAAAUCGACGAUCGGUACUUACAACCCUUGCACUGACAACUGAUAAUAUGAAUUGAACAUCCAACAAAACGUUUUUCGUAAAUCACACGGCAAUUCUUCUUUUCUUUGUAAAUACCUUCAUAUUAAGAUAGAAAGAGAGAGAGGACAAGAGAAAGUGUUAACUUUUUCUCGUUUAAUUUCACGUGCAAUACAAACGAUGAGUAUUGUAUUCAGUAUCUACGUGUAAAAGAACUAGUUAGUACAAUUUAUAGUAUUUGCUUUUGAAUAAAAUCGAUGCUA